UUUACCCUCCUCUCUCACAUUCGCUCUCUCUCUCUCACACAAGAGCUCAAAUAACCGGAGUCCUGGCAAUGCGCAGAUGUGGACUAUGAUUUAUGACCGCACUUGGUUCGCUUUCCCCGGGCUUUCUCUCUAUAAACCUCGGUGUUUAAUUAGGGCUGAGGAAUAAAAUGGAAUAUUUUAAUGGAAUUAACGCAGGAGCGGUUACUCCAAACACGUCUUCUAUUUGUACCUCCUGAUUCAAAGGCUAGAUCGUCAGGAGUCUAGGUGGUGGUGUCCAUGGGUCCCGUGAUGCCCCCCAGUAAGAAGCCCGAGGCGUCUGGCAUCAGCGUGGCCAGCGCCAGCCUCUCCCACCUCUACCAGGCCAGCUCGCUGCAGGAGGCAGAGGAACUCAACCUGGCCUUCCCCGCCCCCUUGGCCCUCCCCUUGGCACCCCUCACCGGCGGGGCCGCCAAGCCUGAGAAAAGCACCUCCACCCCAGGUAUGGAGGACGAGGAGUUGACCAACCUCAACUGGCUCCAUGAGAGCAAGAACCUGCUCAACAGCUUCGGAGACCCUGUCCUGCGCAGCGUCAGCCCCGUGGGUGGCGAAGGGGGUGUGGCCGGUAACCGCGGCGAUGGGGACCACGACAACAUGCCGCCAUCGCCGAUAGCGGGCGGGGACCUGCCGUACGACGCCGAUCGUAACCCCACCUGUAAACCGCCCUACUCCUUCAGCUGCCUGAUCUUCAUGGCCGUUGAGGACGCUCCGUCCAAGAGGCUGCCGGUGAAGGAGAUAUACAACUGGAUCCUAGAACACUUCCCCUACUUUGCCAAUGCUCCCACGGGCUGGAAGAACUCUGUCAGGCACAACCUGUCCCUCAAUAAGUGCUUCAAGAAGGUUGACAAGGACAGGAGCCAGGGCACCUUCAGGGUGAUUAUCAACUGGGCACGGCACCAGGAGAAGAAGAGCAAGCCCUACUGUCGGAAAGAGGGGCAACGGUGGAUUCUUUUUUUUUUUUAAAUGACACGCCUUCCUAAAAUGGGUUAUAACUCCAGUUCUGUUUGUGAUAUUAAGAUUCGAACAACAACAGUGUGUUUUAUAGACGUAUUUAGGAAACGUCAAGGACGGAGGGGGGCAUGACUUUAAAAAUUGUAAAAUGGUGGAGUAAUACAAAAACUACACUCAUUAACAGUCCAAAUGACUGCCUUAGUGGUUCUAGUGUUAACCCUUUACAAAACCCUAACCCUUAACUUUUACAUUUCGUAAUCCCAUGACUCCGGAUCCAAAGGUUGUGUGUUCAAUCCCAGUUGUGGAACCUUGUUUUUUUUAAACCUACCUAUUUAACCAAUGAAUGCCUAAGUGUAAUAUUUUAACCCUAUCCCAAACCUUAACCCUUAACUUAAACAUUUGGAAUGAAUGCCUAAGUGUAAUAUUUUAACGCCUUCCCAAACCUUAACCUUAACUUAACCAUUUGGAAUGAAUGCCUAAGUGUAAUAUUUUAACCCUAUCCCAAACCUUAACUCUUAACCCUUUGGAAUGAUGCCUAAGUGUAAUAUUGUAACCCUAUCCCAAACCUUAACCCUUAACUUAACCAUUUGGAAUGAAUGCUAAGUGUAAUAUUUUAA